AACUUAUUUAUUCAGUAACUACGACUAGUUAAUAUUGUAAAAUGUUUCGUAUAGCAACGUUAUUGGUGUUAUUAUGUGUUGGAUAUUUAACUGCUGAAAAGCCAGUCGUUCACUUGGACUCCGAGAAGAUGGUCGAAAUAUUACCACAGGUGAUACAAUGCGUUGCCGAGACUGGGGUCAACAUUGAAGCUCUAGACAAACUCCGUUUAGGGGUCCCUGGCGAGAUAAAAGACCCUAACCUCCCCAAAUUCGCCCAUUGCGCCUUCCUAAAAACAGGAUACAGUCAUGAAAAUGGCCGCGCAAAGGUGGACAAAGUUCUAAAACUGUUCCCUGCUGGUGAUUAUAAAGCGGCUCUGAAGAAGCACGUGCAAGAAUGCGACAAAGAUGGAAAGGACCCAGUGGAUACUACGUACCAAUUCUUGAAGUGUUUAUACAUGAAAUCGCCAGUGAUAGUAAGGUUUUGAUAAAAAGUAUUUUUUGAUUCGUAGUAAUUUUAGCAUCUACAUACACACCAAGUAAACAGUGAAAUCUAUAUGGUCGCAAAACCAAAAUGUACCUUUAGUCUGUUUGUGCUGUUGACUAUAAUUUAGUAUCUUUCUUUUGUUUAUUAUUAAUUUUAGUAGAACUUUUUAUACAGUAGAUCCAGAGCACAGUAACAAGCAUGAAAAUAAACAAUGCUAUUUCUAAAUUGAAAAA